AUGGCCCUUGAGCCUGGAUUUGGCGCCCUCGGCUCGCCAGAGAGCUCAGGACGAGAGUCGCCCAUCCCUCGACAAUGGAGGAACCAGCUCGGCGGAGAAGAGGUCCACAUCAAGGACAAGGCGCACCGCCGAUACGCCGCUGGGGUGGAAAAGGCACUGUCGUUGUUCGAGACAGCGCUCGAGGAAUGGGCCGACUACAUUUCUUUUCUGAACAAACUUCUCAAGGCCCUCCAAGCUCGGCCGACUUCCAUUACGACGAUCCCAACCAAAGCCCUAGUUGCGAAACGCCUAUCGCAGUGCCUCAACCCGAUGCUUCCUUCAGGUGUCCAUCAGAAAGCUCUGGAGACCUACAACUAUGUUUUUGAAACGAUCGGGAAGGAUGGCUUGUCGCGAGAUCUCCCACUCUAUCUUCCUGGACUGGCGCCGACUCUCUCAUUCGCCUCUCUCUCUGUUCGAUCACCCUUUCUCGACCUUCUCGAGACCUAUUUUAUCGAUUUGGACCCACGAUCCUUGCGACCGGCCAUGAAAUCCAUCAUACUUGCGCUGCUACCUGGCUUGGAAGACGAGACAAGCGAAGACUUCGAGCGCACCCUCGCCCUCGUGUCAAGGUUCAAAGAGGCGGUCCGACCACCACACGCGGACAAUAUUACGGAAGAACACUCCUCUGGUGACGAUUUCUUCUGGCAAUGCUUUUUUCUGGCUUCCAUAACCAGCCAGACUCGCCGCUCGGGGGCCUUGGCUUACUUGGUCCGCCAUCUUCCCGCCCUUGGUCCCGCCUCGUCCAUGGGCCCCUAUGCAACACAGGCCCCGAACGGCACGGAGAAGAGGUCUAGGAUAUCGACCGUAGUCACUUCUCCAGAGCCAGGACUGCUUGUUCGCUGUUUUGCCAGUGGUUUGGCGGAUGAGCAGCUCCUCAUCCAGCGAGGCUUUCUCGACCUCCUUGUCUCACACCUGCCGCUCAACUCGAGCGUGCUCCAAUCUUGCGUUAAACCUGCGGAUCUUGAGAUACUCUUAAAGGCCGCGGUCGGUGUGGUAACGCGACGAGACAUGAGCCUUAAUCGAAGACUUUGGGCCUGGCUCCUUGGACCUGGGCCUGCCGGCGGUGACGGUGAUAAUGCAGCCGACGUGGCCGUGACACCACCCGAGCAGCAGCAAGGAUACUUCUCAUCGAGGACGAGUUAUUUCGAAGAGUUUGGACUCCAGCCAUUGACGAAGGCUUUGCUCGAUAUGAUCCAAGGCAGCAUUCAAGCCGUCGCAACGGAGCGAGCCAGACCUUACAAGGUCUGCCUUUCUCUCAUGGAUAGGUGGGAAAUUGGGAGUCUCAUUGUGCCUGAAAUCUUCCUCCCCGUAGUGAAAAGCGUCCGACAGUUCCAAAAGCAGGUAUCGGAAAAGCCCGAGUUCACAGAAGUUUUGCGGAGCGCGAGUGUCUUCUUCGAUGGCAUCGAGAGCGGGCUGAUCUACAGCGAACUCGUCGGCUUACUAGCCCAAGCCACAGGCCCCGGUAACCUGGGAAUCAAAGAGCGGCUGGACAAGGUCUCGCUGGUCAACUUCAUCAUCUCCAAUUUCAACGUGAGAGAAGAGGAGAUGAUAACCAUCCACGCCCCCCUCACUUGUCUCGCCGCGCUGGCGAUGCUAGAAGAUUCCAAGAGCCGCAGAGCAAAGGACCGACCGGUUGAUAACCAAGAAAUGCAACUAUCUGAAGCCGUUCUGAGCGUCGUUGCGUCGCUGCUUGAGCUGGUACCCGAGCGCGCAUUCCCAAACCCCUCGCCCAAAUCUGGAACGAAUGAAGAUGCCCACACGUCCAGGUCGAGCUUGGAAGUUCUACAGCAGAUCAAGGCCUUCUAUUUUCACGAGCACGGAAAUCUGGACGGCUCGCCACCUCCAUUCAACGCCAUCAAGUCGGGCGAACUGUUGCUCCAGAAGGGAGUGAGGAGCAUGUGCGACGCCACUGACGAGCUGGAACUAUUGGAUCACAGGGGCAUUCGGGUCCGCAUUCUCAUCCUGAUUUUGCUUAAGACGCCAAGAACAUACAGCUUCGAUGUGGACCAACUUCUGAGCCACUUGAAUAAGGGGCUCGUAAAGCACGCUCAUUUACCAUUUUCGUACUUCUCGUCAACUGUGCAGCUUGCCACACAACUGCAUUCCAUCGAAAGAAUCAGUACUUUGCAGCUGUCCGCGCUCGUGAAGCCUCUGGUCUAUCACGCAUGGUCAUACCUAUCCGCAUCCGAUCCGAAAUUCCACGUGGAGACUACUCGGUGUCUGUGGCAACUCCAGACGGCUCUGUCGAUGUCGUGUCGCGACAUCGAAGCCAUUCUCUCACGUAUUCUGGUGGAUAUUCAGUCAAAGUCUCAGUCCUUUGCCUGCUCCGCAGAAGCCGGUCGCACUUUUGGCGUCCUGUGGACUCACACACUGCAGGACACCACCCCGGAUCGCAGAGGCUCCAAGACGCCGAUGCUGGAAGCUCGGAUCGGGCAUAGGCUUGCCGGCAUGGAUUUCUUCCAGGUCAUGUUGACACAGCCGGUGUUCCUCCUCUUGGAUGCACUGGCGGAUGAAAAGACACAGCUAUACAUGGUUGUUAAAUCGUGGCUAAACAAUGUGGUUGGCAUAGACAGACUUUUCCUUGUUUUGGUCACUAAACUGACUGAGCUACCCUUUCUUGCAUCCCUCAGCACCGAGGCGACGGGAGAAAAGCUCGGUUCGGACCCGAUCGUGUUUGGCGAAGAGCACGACCUGGAACUGUGUCUCUACUACCUGCAGACCCUGUACCGAGUGCUCCAUUGCACCGGUGAGGGAUCUCGAGCCAUCCUCGCAUCCAGAUAUCUGUACCUCGGCGGAACACAAGUCUUCAUUCGAGCCGGCGCCGAGGCCGAUGAGAUGACUCUCCAAGAAUUCUUUGUUCGCGCGUGUGUCAAAUGCAUCACCGGUGAUGCCGCACCUUCUGCCAGCGAGGAGCUUGUUGGGAGAGUCUCGCAACUCCACCGACGCGCGUUGUCUGUGCUUCACCAAUUUAUGACCAGCCAAUACGCCUCAGCUCUCGCCGGCCUACAUCUUGACAACAUCCUCAUAGAGCGGCUUUCGACCUCGUUCAUCAUCGCAGAUCCAUUCGUUCAGGUGCUCCUGCUUGAUGUCAUCCUCGACAUUCUUAAGCUCCAGGAAUCGACACCAGAGCAACGGCCGGCUACGGCGACAUCCGAGAAGGUACCGUCAAGCAGCGACCAGAGACGGCCCAGUCGACAGAUCAUUCCGCCAAGCGAGAUCCAACCGGCUGGAAGGCAGAUGCCUCCGCAGCUGCUGCAAUGCUUGCAAGCCGGAUUGAAAUCCAUCAGCAGCCAUCCAGUGCUUGAGAGCUGGGUGAUGUUUUUGGCGGGAUGCUUACCCCUUUAUUCCAAUUGCAUUUUCCAGAUCCUGAUUCCUCUCGUCGAGACGCUGUGCGCCCAGACUGGGGCAACAUUUGCCAGUUUACGGGACAUGUUCCGGGCAGAUGCUCAGCCAGGACCGGGAGGCGAAAGCGCACCGGAGUCUACCCUGAUCUAUCUGCUGAAUGGUCUGGAGCAGGUCUUGGCUUUGGCGCAUGACCAAUUGCUAGCCGAGGAGUCGCAAGCCCAGCUGGUGAAGGGACCAGAACAGCCCCAAUCAAUCUUUGGCAGCAUGGUCUCUGGUGUUUUUCAAUCGGACGGCCCGCAAUCGCGAAGCGCUACAGCAAACGAUCGAUUGACGGUCCAUCUCGCAUUUCAAGAUGCCAUGCGAUUGUGCUAUAGGAUAUGGUCCUGGGGCCAGGGCGGUGAGGCAAAGUUGCAAAAUCCCAUCUCAUCAGCCUCCUUCACCUAUACGUCGCUGCGUACGAGAAACCGGGCACGGCGGAUGCUGGAGCACUUGUUCACUGCGGAAACGUUGGAAUGUCUGGAAACGGUGAUCGAUAUUUGGAGAUGCAUGGAAUCACCUGCUGAACGGGCGCAAAUGUUCAAGUUCCUAUCGUCCUUGGACGCCUGCCGCCCCCGGCAUUCGAUCCCGGCGCUUUUCAACUCCAUCUACAGUCGAACGAAUCCGGGCGCCCUGGAACCAUCCCGCAAGUCAACGAUGACGAUUGACUUACAAGACUCCGAUUUAGCCGUUUUCCUCGUCGAAUAUGCGCGCUCGCUUGACGACGACGCCAUGGAUGAGAUCUGGCAGGACUGCAUGACCUUUUUGAAGGACCUGUUAAGCAACCCGUUCCCCCAUCGACAGACGCUACCGAGCCUGCUCGAAUUUGCAGCUAUUCUGGGUGAAAAGGUUGACAACACGACGUUUGGAGAGCAGCGGAAAAUGCGUCGAGAACUAGGGGAUGUCUUCCUCCGCUUGCUCGCCGCUCUUUUCACCACCCGUCCCAUGAUGUUUUCCGAACCAGCCAACGGGUUUUCCGAAAAGCCUGGCAAAGAUGUAACGGCACGGAGAAGCGCAGGCGGCGGCGGCGGCGAUGGCACAGAUGAUGUCGUUUCCAUGCUUGUAUCCGUCGUCCCAAAUUUGUCCAAGAUUCUGCUAGAGAACGACCGUGUGCUGUCGGCAGCCAGUACGAUUUCCACGAGCGUCAUUGGGCCGGCUUUUCGCUCCAAGGGAUUCCCCGAUACGAUUUCCCAGGGCGUCAUGAAACUUCUGCAUGAACUGUCACGGUUGCAAAACAAUCAAAAGACGUGGAAGAAGGAUGUCGGGGAGGCAUUCAACGAUGGAAAGUUCUUUGGCAUGCAUCUCAGUCUUGUGAAAGAUGACUGGCUUCCGCUGUUGAGGCAGUGGGCCCUCACCGACAAGGAACGGAUGUCCGAGAUUGUCGGCCGCAUCGGUGCGCCAACGACGGCCGGUAUUGUUUUCGGCGUUGGAGCCACAUCGGCGCGACUUGAGGCGGACCGGAAAACGCAGCUAAACCUGCGGAGGAUGAGCACGCUCAUUCUUUCCUCUACGAAGGAUACUUUUGUCGCCGAUCUACAGAUCAUCAUGGAGAAACUGGUGGAGCUGUUGGCGGCCUCCUCGACGUCAUCUCCGUCGUCGACAACCAGGGCAGAUGUGUACAUGGUCAUCCGAGCGAUGGUGCUUAUGAUGAGUCCCAUUCAUCUCGCUUCCCUUUGGCCGGUGGUGAAUGCCGAAAUCCACGCCGCCGUCUCCUCUGUGGUAAGCCCCGAGGACAGCCCGGUAUCCGACGUCUACACCAGCUCGGCCAUCCUCCAGGCGUGCAAGCUUCUCGACCUUCUCAUAUGCGUGGCCCCAGACGACUUCCAGCUCCACGAGUGGCUGUUCGUCACGGACACAAUCGAUGCUGUCUAUCGGUCGUCGAUGUACCAGCCUGUGGCGCUGGUCGACGAACUCUCGGAGGAGCUGGGCAGCGGCGGUGCUGUGCAAUCCGACGCGGCGGCCCAAACAGCGACCACCAGCACGCACAGGCGACCCCUCCUCGGCCAAGGUGGCAUUUGCGAUGACGUGUACCUGGAGCGCAAGGAUGAACUUGUGGCAAAGGUCUUGCGCCCAUUUUUCGCACAGCUGAGCAUCUUUGCGUUCGAGUCAACGUAUGCCUUGGGCGUCUUGGAUUUGGAUGGCUGUAUCCAGUCCCUGUUGAAGGACAUCUUUGACGAGCGGACCAUGGUCAAACCGCUCUGA